CGUCUCCCGCAUCCCGACGUGCUUCUCCCCGGCCGGACCGUGACAGCGAGCGACGCCCCGGCGGCUCUGCCGUGACUCCCGGAGGUUUUUCCGAGCGCCGCGCGGAGCGGCGGGAGGAGCUCGUCCAACAUGAAAACGAUGACGGGAUCAAACGAGUUCAAGCUGAACCAAACUCCAGAUGAUGGUAUUUCAUCGGUGAAGUUCAGUCCAAACACGUGUCAGUUUCUGCUUGUUUCCUCCUGGGACACGACUGUUCGGCUCUAUGAUGUCCCUGCCAACACCAUGAGACUCAAAUAUCAGCAUUCAGGAGCUGUCCUGGACUGUGCUUUUUAUGAUCCUACCCAUGCCUGGAGUGGAGGGCUGGAUCAGCAGCUGAAAAUGCACGAUUUAAACACGGACCAAGAAAACCUUGUGGGUGCCCAUGAUGCUCCCAUCAGGUGUGUUGAGUACUGCCCAGAGGUGAAUGUGAUGGUCACUGGAAGCUGGGAUCAAACAGUUAAACUGUGGGAUCCCAGAACUCCUUGUAAUGCAGGAACCUUCUCUCAGCCUGAAAAGGUGUACACGCUGUCUGUGUCCGGGGACAGGCUGAUCGUGGGGACGGCGGGCCGGAGGGUGCUGGUGUGGGAUUUACGGAACAUGGGAUACGUUCAGCAGCGCAGGGAAUCCAGCCUCAAAUACCAGACCCGCUGCAUCAGAGCAUUUCCCAACAAACAGGGUUAUGUUUUAAGUUCUAUCGAAGGUCGUGUCGCUGUGGAAUAUUUGGAUCCAAGUCCAGAAAUCCAGAAGAAGAAAUACGCCUUCAAAUGCCACCGUUUGAAGGAAAACAACAUUGAGCAGAUUUACCCAGUCAAUGCCAUUUCUUUCCACAAUGUCCACAACACCUUUGCAACAGGGGGUUCCGAUGGCUUUGUGAAUAUUUGGGAUCCCUUCAAUAAGAAGAGGCUGUGCCAGUUCCAUCGGUACCCCACCAGCAUUGCAUCCCUGGCCUUCAGCAAUGAUGGCACCACCCUGGCAAUAGCCUCUUCCUACAUGUACGAGAUGGAUGACAUCGAGCACCCCGAAGAUGGGAUCUACAUUCGCCAAGUGACGGACGCAGAAACAAAACCCAAGUCUACUUAGACUCCUGGCGAUACUUCUCUUCAGAGAUGCCCACCUGCUCCUAACAAGGCUAAACUAAAACAGGAGAAGCGAGAAGAACAAUCUUUGUACUCCUGUUAUUUUUUUAACUAAGAAAUAUUUGUUUAUUUACUGUAGUUUGUCUUAAUCUGUCAUUACUUGCCUGCUUAUAAUGUUAGUGAAGCUGUUUUCUUUAUCUGCUGUCUGGAGCUGAAUUAGUUCAGUCCUGUAGGCAACCUUUAUAAAACCCACUUUUUGUAGUACCUGAUUAUGAAAACGUUCACUGCUUUGAUAUUUGUUCAAUAAAUAUCCAUAGGUUUUGGAAAACAAA